CUGUUAUCAGAUGCAUAUGUUCAUACCAUUCAAGUCGUCAUGGUUGCCCUCGAUUGGCAUGAAUUCAGUUCGGGCGUGCACCAGCCUGUCACCAAUGAUCCAUAAUCAAAGAAUUUCAUGCGAGACUCAAGCCUUUCCAAAACCAGGAUAGUGGACGAGGUUCAAAUCGCUCCUUGCUGGCGACGGAGUACGGCAAGCAUCCUUGGGUAAAUCUAUUUCAUUCGAACCUUUCGUUUCAGUGUACAGCAUGGUGUGAACUCCUGAUCUUUUCCUGUUCCAUGGGACUUCCAAGUACACCAUAAUGUAAUCCAUGCAAACCCCAGAAGACAAUAACACAAUCGAUGGGAAUCUCCCAAAUAAAGGGCGUUAUUACUGUACGUACCAUUGAGUACUCGAGUACUUCAAUUCGACUGAACCUUGGCCCAAAUCCAGACUCCAUUCAUGUAGUCCGAGCAAUGCAAUGUAAAAGUACCACCGGAAUACAAACCUUUGCAAACCCAUUCCAAAUUCCGCAGCCGCCGACCGAAAUCCGAGCAUCUCAAAGUAGAACAGCAGCAGGCGCCAAGUCUAUCAAACAGAAACGCCCUUUAGUUUCAAGCCGCCAAAGUGGAAAUAAAAGAAUUCGCAAAUUUUCAUGAAAUCCGACAAAGUCCGGGUACUACCUUGAGAAUGCAUGAAAAGAAGAGAUGGACCCAUUCUGUCAAAGUACAAGAUUCACAUCUCAUAGAAAGUACCGGUAAAGGUUUGAUUAUCAGAUUCAUGUCAAGU